AAUGACGCCCCGGGCCCACCACGGCCAAGUUUAUCAGAAAUCCCACGUGGGAAGCCCGAGCUCCAGGCCAAGAGCAAGAACAGCAGCCGCAUCCUGCCCGAUCCCGUCUCCUCCCGGUCCCGUCGCAUCAUAUCACCACAGCCCGAGAGAGAUCGAUCGAUCGAGACCGAUCCCAUCCGGCCGUAGGAACGCGGCGGCGACGGCGAGACAACCAUCAUUGGCUGGUCGAAUCGAAUCUCUUCUUUGGAGCCGAUUGGCCGGGCAGGCGAAAAGGGGAUCGGUCGGCGGAGCGAUAAUCCGGUCAAAAAGGCUCCGGCUUUUAGUUAGCGGCGGCGGCGGCGGCAGGCGGCUGCUCUGCCAACGAUGGACCCGCAGGUGGCGGUGCGCGGGGGCGACUGGGUGUCGGCGGUGACGCCGCUGCUGAAGCUGCUGUGCCUGACGGUGAUCGGGCUCCUCCUCGCGCACCCGCGGGCGCAGGUGGUGCCCAAGGCCACCUUCAAGCUGCUCAGCAAGCUCGUCUUCGCGCUCUUCCUGCCCUGCCUCAUCUUCGUGCACCUCGGCCAGUCCGUCACGCUCCACAACGUGCUCCACUGGUGGUUCAUCCCCGUCAACGUCCUCAUCGCCACCGCCGUCGGCUGCGCGCUCGGCUACGCCGUCGCCCUCGUCUGCCGCCCGCCGCCCCGCUUCUUCCGCUUCACCGUCAUCAUGACGGGCUUCGGCAACACGGGCAACCUCCCCAUCGCCAUCAUCGGCUCCGUCUGCCACACCACCGACCACCCCUUCGGCCCCGGCUGCCACCGCGAGGGCAUCGCCUACGUCUCCUUCGCGCAGUGGGUCGCCGUCCUCCUCGUAUACACCCUCGUCUACCACAUGAUGGAGCCCCCCAUGCAGUACUACGAGAUCGUCGGCGAGGGCAACGAGAUCGAGCGGGUGCCCGAGGAGGAGGAGACGCAGGUCAGCAACUUCAGCCGCCCUCUGCUCCAGGAGGCCGAGUGGCCCGGGAUGGCCGAGAAGGUCAUGGAGCACUCCAAGACGCCAUUCAUCGCCAGGAUCUUCGCCAGCAUCUCGGGCUCCUCGCAGAACACCUUCCCCGACAUUGAUUUCUCCGAGGAGGGGGGGAUCUCCGGCGCCGGCCCUAGCAGCCCAAAGUCUCUCCGGUGUUUGGCGGAGCCCAAAGUGGUCAGGAGGAUGAGGGUUGUCGCCGAGAAGACUCCGAUUCAGCAUGUCCUUCAGCCGCCGACCAUCGCCUCGUUGCUCGCCAUCAUCAUCGGCAUGGUCCCCGUGCUCAAGGCCUUCGUGUUUGGGGCUGAUGCGCCGCUCUCGUUCUUCACCGACAGCCUGGAGAUCCUGGCUGCUGCUGUGGUUCCCUCGGUGAUGUUGAUUCUCGGAGGCAUGCUUGCAGAAGGCCCAAAUGACAACGCCCUUGGUAAGCGGACCAUCAUAGGUAUAAUCGUCGCAAGGCUUCUGAUCCUCCCGUGCAUUGGUAUCGGCAUCGUGAUUCUAGCAGACAAGUUAAACCUGCUCGUUGAGAACGACUACAUGUAUCGGUUUGUGCUCUCACUGCAAUACUCCACCCCAAGUGCCAUCCUUCUCGGCGCGAUCGCGAGCCUGAGGGGUUACAGCGUUAAGGAAGCAUCUGCGCUCCUCUUCUGGCAGCACAUCUGCGCGGUGUUCUCUCUUUCCAUCUACCUCGUCGUAUAUUUCAAGCUGUUGUCGUACAUCUGAAGCCUCGCAAAACCGGUUUAUAGCAGUCAUCAUGCGAGGUGAUUCCCAGGAAAAGGAGUGCUUGAAUGAAUUCUCAGCCAUGCCUCCUUGUGGUUAAGAAGUGUAUCAUAAUUUGCUAGUGAUUGUAUUUCUAUCACAUGUAUUAUUAUUCGAGAACAGGAGAUACACUUUUUGUCGUUAAUUACUGUCGAUACAUUGGGUCUGUACAUGAUUUUGAUCUUAUUGCAAUAUUGCACCUUUUGGCUGCCAUUGCCAGUUUGUAGAA